UUCUAAUGUUUCGAAAUUAUUUUCCUCAAAAUUAAAGCGUUUAGCUUUUCUUUUAACCGCCUGCACUCUUCAGAGCGGCGACGGAGAGGAAGCGGUUUGUCUUAAAGUCCGAAGUCUCGAGACGUGUCUUUGACUUUGUUUCUUAUGCUCGGUUUUAUUUGUUCCGAAGGAGGUUGAAAGGGGGAGGGGAGGAAGAGAAAUUUCCGGCCAAGAUCAGAGUACUGCGGAUUGAGGUCUGAAAACACUCGGCUGGGCCCCGAAGUGAGAUUGUGAAUGGGAGACGGCAGUCUGGGACUCGUGUGAGGACAGUGGGGCCUUCCCUCCCUCACCCUCACCCCCACCCCCACCCACUACAACACACUGGAGCGAGCGCUGACAUCAAAACUUGUGCAGGCCUCUGUUGGAAUAAAUACAUGCCGUGGUGGAGCAGUAUGGAAUCGCAGACAGUUGAUGAUGAUGCAGUGGAUGUUUGAAUGAGGUGACAGCAGCAGGAAGGAGAAACAAUGCCCAAGAGUGGGUUUACUAAAACACCACUAUCGGAAGAUUAUCCACUGAACAUCGAUAUGGUGGAAAAACAAUCAGGGAAGAAGGAUAAGGAUAAAAUAUCAUGUAACAAGACUCCGAAGUUGGAUCGAAGUGAUGGAGGAAAAGAGGUGAAAGAGAAAGCAUCAAAGAGGAAACUGCCUUUCUCUGUUGGAGUUAACAGCAGUGAUCAGAAAGAUUCAGACACAGAAAAGCAAGGUCCAGAGCGGAAACGAGUGAAGAAGGAGGCUGGAGUCCGAAAGUGUGGAUUGUUUGGAGCAGGAAUAAGAGUUGGCUGUCCACUUUCAGAACGACAACAAGUUGCUUUGCUGAUGCAAAUGACGGCAGAAGAAUCAACAAACAGUCCAGAUCGUACUCCAAAGCAUCCCUCGCAGUCGAUUCUUGGACAAAAGAGAACACCAAGUUCUGCCUCCAAAACCAAAGACAAAGUAAAUAAAAGAAACGAGCGUGGUGAGACACGACUUCACAGAGCUGCCAUCCGGGGAGAUGCACGGCGAAUAAAAGAACUUAUUAGUGAAGGUGCAGAUGUAAACGUAAAAGACUUUGCAGGAUGGACUGCACUUCAUGAAGCAUGUAACAGAGGUUACUAUGAUGUUGCUAAGCAACUUCUUGCAGCAGGUGCUGAAGUCAAUACGAAAGGCUUGGAUGAUGACACCCCUCUCCAUGAUGCAGCUAAUAAUGGUCAUCGUAAGGUCGUGAAGCUGCUGUUGAGAUAUGGAGGGAAUGCUCAUCAGAGUAACAGAAAAGGCGAGACACCGCUCAAAGUUGCCAAUUCUCCCACCAUGGUGAACCUAUUACUGGGAAAGGCUUCCUGCAGCUCCAGUGAUGAGAGUUCAACAGAAACUUCAGAAGAUGAAGAUGCUCCCUCAGUUGCACCAUCCAGUUCAAUUGAUGGUAAUAAUACAGACUCAGAAUUUGAGAAGGGCCUAAGGCACAAAAUCAAGCGACAAGAGUCCUCUAAAACAGUAACACCAGUCAAAGAUGAGUAUGAAUUUGAUGAGGACGAUGAGGAAGAUAGAAUACCACCUGUUGAUGACAAACAUUUGCUCAAGAAAGAUUAUCGAAAGGACAUGAAAAUAAACAGUUGUAUUUCUAUUCCUAAACUAGAGACAAAAACCUAUUCUAAAAAUCCUCUUCUAACACCAAAGAAAGCUCCACGACGUAUAUUAUCUGACACCAACAGUUCAGAUGAAGAAGAUAGAUUAAUACGUUUCUCUCCUCCUCUUAGCAGACCUUUAGUGCAUGCUAGUCUGCUGAAUGCAAGCUCUAAACAAAGAGAGUCACUGGUUAAAAAGCAACAAAAGGAGAAAACUAAAGUGAAAAAAAAAUGGAAAAAAGAGGUGAAAAACAAGGAGGUCAGAUUGGGUAAGGAUGAAGAUCUGUUCAAUUCAUCUGCAACAGAAAGUGAUGACUCAGAAAGUGAGGAAGAGGAUAAAGGUUCCAUACAGAGUGGAAUUAGCAUGAAGGAGUCUUUUAUGAGCUUGAAAGAAUCAACAAUGUUCUCUUCACUUCCUGCAUCCUGCUCUUCCUCUCAAGCAAGCUAUAUGUCAUCAAAGCAUAUUCCCAGUCUUGCAGAGCAACAUACUAAACCUUGGCGAACUGAUAGUUGGAAAUCAAACAUGUCACCUGUGUGGUCUGAUGUGAGCUCUUUGUCAGAGUCUGUGAGAACGCGACUAACGAGUGAAUCGGAUUAUUCUUCAGAAGAUUCAAGUUUAGAGUCUAUUAAACCAUCAAAAGAGGUGAAAGUCCAUAAAAAGAAAAAUCUGAUCGAUGGAGAUGUUAUAGAAAAGAAGGUGACUGAUGAUAUCUUUAAGAUUUUGAACACUGAUGGAAUAGUUCGGAAAUUUGAUAAGAAGGGCAAAGUUGUUAAAAAGCAUAAAAUGAAGCACAGGCACAAAAUAAAAGACAAGGAGAAAGGGAAAUCUCAGAGCACUAUGACAGAGUAUGAUAAAUUUUCAAAAGCUGAGAGUUUAAAUAUGGACGAAUCUAAGCAAAGAGCAGACAAAUGUUUAAGUCCAGAAGUAGUUAAACAUGACAAAGAAGAAUUGAAGAAGGAAGAAAGAGAAAAACUUUUUAAAGUCAAACCUGAAGAAAAAGACUGGUUGCUUAAAGAUGAUUUAGGGAAAACCUGUAAAGAAGAAAAGCUAACAAAGAAAAUUAGAGAUACCACUAAAGAUGUUAACAAAUCUCUAAAAGAGGAGAAAGAGAAAAUGUCUAAAGUCAAUAAAGAAAAAUCUUUUAAAGAGAGGGAAAAAUAUUCCAAAGAAGAAAAGCUUAAAAUCCACAAAGAUGAUAAAAAGAAAAAGGCAAAGGACAAAUUUGCAAAAGGUGAGAAAUAUCAAAAAUCAGACAAAGAUAAAGGUCUUAAAGACGACAAGGAAAAAUUAACAAAGGAAAAGACUCACAAAGAGGAAUCAGACUAUGAGGAUCUGAAAAUCAGGAAUCAGUUUGUAGAUGAUGAUAGGUUCAGUGCAUCUGAUCAUGAAGAUAAUUGGUUUUCAGAUUUAUCAUCUGAUUCUUCUUUCUCUGACUUAAAAGAAGAUAAUUGGAGUAUUCCAAUCAAAGACUUAAAGGAACACAAAGAUGGUGCAGUAGGAAAACUGGUUGUUGAAGCGACGAAGGAAGAAAGUAAGGAAAGGAAAAAGGAAUUGAAGUUAAAGGAAAAGCGUGAACUAAAUGAAAAACGCCAUGAUAAAGACACAAGGAAGAAAGAUAGAGAUUAUGUAGAAAAAAAUGCAGAGAAGAAAAAGGACCAAUCUGAUAAACAUAAGUCAGGACAAGGAUGUCCUCUGGAGAAAGAUAAAAAGAGAAAAGACUCCACUGAAAGUGUUAAGGACCGAAAAGAUAAAGAUACCUUUGAAAACAUUAAAGAUCGGAAAGAUACCAUACCUGAAUAUAGCAAGGAAAGGAAAGAUCUUAAAGGAAAACUAGAAGAUGCCUCCAAAGGUGAUUCAAGAGAGUUUGGGAGUGAAUGUUUCUUCAAAGAGAAGUCUGAAAGUGAUUUCACUGGAAGAAUGAUCGAAGCAAGAGAGAGACAUUAUUCAGGGAAAGAGAGAGACAAAAAAGAGGGACCUGAAAAGAAGGACAGAAUAAAAAUGGAAAAACAUAAAGACAAGUCUAAGGAGAAACCUUCAUUGGAAAUUGAAAAGGACAAAAUAGAGAAAAGCUUGAUUGAUAAAUUCUUGAAAGACAAAGAUACUGAUCGAGAAAAGCAAUACAGAGAGCCGGGUAGUUUCAAAGACAAAAGAGAACAAAAAGAAAAGAACCGAGACCUUUUCAGCCGAGACAAGGAUAGAAAAAUGUUAGAGCUGAACAAAGAAAGAGAGAAAAAUGUAAUCGAAAAACAUAACGAAAAAGACAAAGAUGUUCCAGAAAGAAAAGAAAAAGAGAAAAUAGAUAAACAAAAAGGAACUGAUCUGGAAAUAGGAAAGGAAAAGUGCUGGCAUAGCAAAGCAAAUGACAUCUUCACAGAUGAAAGUGGUGAUGAGGUAAAUUAUCGUGAAUUUGACAGUAAUCAGAUGUGCAGAAGUGACACUCAACCUGAAAAGGAAGAGGCAAAGGCAGAGAGGGAGCCAUUUCUCUCUGAUAAACAGAGAAGAUGCUCAGUUGACAAAUAUUCAGCAGAAAAGCAUAAAGAUAAAGAACUGAAAGAUAAGAAAAAGGACAAAAUUUCAGAUAGUGGGAAAGAUAAGAGAGAAAAAUGUUUAUCUGAAAGACAGAGAGAAAAAAAGGAUAAAGAACUGGGUGAUAAAUUUAAAGAAAAGAAGGAAAGAGUGUUAACAAAUUCAAAUCUAGAAAAGAAAUUCAAGCUGAAGCUUCCCGAAAAGAUAGAGAAGCGACACUCCUGUGAUGAAAAGUUGAAAGCUAAAGGCAAGGAUAAAGUUGACAAAGAACUCUUAUUGAAGGAAAAGAGGCUUUCAAAAGGAAAUACAAUAGAAGAAGAAAAAAAAUGCCCAGAAAAACUGCAAACUACAACUUUCAAUGAAUUGAAAGAGGAUUCCAAUGACAAGAGCAGCGAAUUUUCAUCUGACAGCUUCACAGAAAGAACACAUGAUUCUGCAACGUGUGGUUUUAAUGAUGUUGCAAAUGUUGAUCAUGAUAUUGGAGAGGAAAAAAUGAAGGAUUCUCUUUUCAUUUUGUACACACAUGAAAAGAGUAAAGAAAAGGAGAGAAAUAGGCAUUCAUCAUCAUCAUCAUCAAAGAAAAAUCAUGAGAAAGAUAAAAUAAAGAGAGAGAAACGGGAAAAGUCUGAGGAAUUCAGAGACUCUGCUGGAAAAAGAGAAGGUUCAGCAUUUGAAAGAGAACCCAUAAUGUCUGAUAGUGAUUUGCUAAGCCAUUUUCUAAAACUUGAGAAAGAAGAUGAACUCAACAAAAGUGUGGAUGUUGUGUUAAAUGAGAAAAAAGAUAAGGGUGAGUCUGAAAAGGAGUUGUCUAAAAAAUCAGAAAAGGUUUUGAUCACUAUCAAGGAGAGGGAUAAGGAUAAGAAAAAGAAAGAAAAGCACAAAGACAAAUCAAAAGAUGACAAAGAAAAGCACAAGGAAAAACAUGGCGAAUUAACCAUGAUUUGCAAACAUUCAAAAGAAGAACAAAAGUCUGGAACUAAAGACUCUCUUUCAACAGUUAGGGAGUUAAAUGGGAACAAAGAGAAAGCAAAAGAUGACUGUUUCAAAAAUCAUGACAUUAAACAAAAAGAAAAAGUCAAAGAUGGUGUAGAAAAGGAUAAAAAUGAAUCUGUUAAGUUUAGAAUCGGUGAAAAUGAUAAAUUAAACCCAUCAAAAGAAGUUUCCCGUAAGGACAGCAGGCCUAAGGAGAAGCUUUUAGUUGAUGGAGACCUAAUGAUGACUAGUUUUGAGCGUAUGCUAAGCCAGAAAGAUCUAGAAAUUGAAGAACGUCACAAAAAACAUAAGGAAAGAAUGAAACUAAAAGAGAAGCUGAGGCACAGAUCAGGUGAUCCCAAGUUAAGGGAAAAAUUCCGAAAUGCAGAAGAAGGACGUAGGAGAAACUUUGAUCUGCCAACUAAAAAGAGUUUAAUUGAGUCUCAACAAAGAGACAAAAAAACUAAAGAUCAAGUGCAAAGUCAAAUUACAUCACCAGACACACAAUCUCAGCCAGUUUCUGGUCCCGAUGCAAAAGAUUGGCUACCUAGUCCUGGGUUGAAGGAGAAUUUGUCUGCUUCACCAAGAUCUGAUCAAGAUAGAUCCACAGGUGUUCCAAAACUGACUCCAGUGGUUUCUUGUCCAAGUUAUGAGGACUUGCUGCCAGCACCCCAUACACCUAACUGUGUGAACGAAGAUCUUACAGAUCUGUUUGAAGGAAUAGAGUCCCAGAAUUCAGUGACCAUCUCCACAAUAUCCAUGAAUGCUUGUUCUCCUUCCUUUUUUGAUAGCUAUCUAAAUGCCCCCACUAACAUUCAAGAGAAUUCAAAUCCAACCAGCACUGUUCCUGGGCUCUAUCGAUCAUUGUCAAUGGAUGCCAGAAGGUCAGUAGAAGACGAAUUUAACACUAAUUCUGACAAAUUCUACAGGCAACAGAGUAUGCCAGCCUCAGCAGACUAUGAUGCUUCUAUUCCUCAGCCAAUGGAGGAGAAGUCCAUUGUUCAGUCUGAGAGGUUCUCUGGCUUGUCCCCAACAUACAUUUCCCCUGAGUAUGGUAUUUCCUCACCACAGUUGGAGCAGUCUCAUUCUAGAGUAGUCAAAUCAUUUACUGAAAAUUUGAACCCUUCGCCUGAAAGUGUACUUAAUCAUUUGCAGACAGAACCUUCACCAUCACAUAAAUAUGAUCAACUAGAGCCAUCUCUAGACAGCUUAGUUACCGACUUUGGUUUGCCAUUGGAUUCUUCGGAACAACAAACAAAUACUCCCCUGACUUCUCCUAAUUCAGCUUUAAGUGCCAGUUUUCUGCCUACAUCUGGAGACCCAUUUGCUCCUAAUGAGUCAGUCCAGAGUAAACUAAGCUAUCCAGCUUCUCCGCACAGAACAUUUGAACAGCUAAGUCUGAGCCCUAUGGCUAAUUCAUUGGACCAUUCAGUGAAUUGGUCACUAGGUUCUGAGUUGCAACUGAGGCCACCUCAAGUAUCUCUUGGUGAAGCCUCCAAACACCUUUGUCCUUCAGAAACUAUGAAUACCGCAGAAAUGCCAUCAGUUUCAUCAAUUUCAUCUCCUUUUCCUGAAUCCCCUGUCCAGUGUCCAAUAUCAACCCCUCAUUUGGGGCAAGAUGGAGACAGAGGUGAUAUGACAUGUGUGGAUCAAAUGGAAGAAUCGCCAGCUUUAGAUGGUACUAUCUGUUCUUCUCCUGGAAGAACAGAUUCACCACUUGAUUCCUGCAAGCUACUUCCUCAAAACUGUACUGGGAAUGUGACUCCAGAAACGCAUUCUAUAGCUGUUGAAAACCAGCAGGAACCAAUUAAAUCAGAAAAAUGCAUACAGCUACACCAGAAUAUUACUUCUGAAGACCAAGAAGAACCUUUAUGGAAUGAUUCUUUUCCAAAUUCAAUAGAUGAUCUUGAUUUGGGGCCAUUCUCACUUCCAAUGCUGCCAAUACAGGACAAAGAAGAUCCACUUGUUGAAAUGACAGAGCCUGAAUCUGAAGAAAUUGCUAAAACACCUGACACUAAUGAUUCUGCAACUGUGAAUGCGAGUACUGAAGUUAUAGAUUAUCCUCCUUUGUCAUCAGUGGAAGAGCGUGAAGCUAAUAAUGAGAUUCUAAAGAUGGAACCAAUAAUAGUAGAUGACAAAAUUGUGGAUAGUGUCAGUAACAUAACAGUAGAAAAGACCUCUGUAAAAGCUGAAGAUAUUGGGGAGAGUAGUAUUCAGCUGCUUUCGGUGCAGCAUGCUGAAUCAGGUCCUGAAUUUGAAGACAAAGCUGUGGAUGUUACUCCGAGUUCUUUGGCAAAUGGCACUGUUUUCAAAGUACUUGAAGCUACAGAGGUGACAGUUAAACCAGUAAUUGAGACUGCGAAGCCAACCAAAGCAGAAGAAGUUCCUCAACGAAUGACAAGAAACCGAGCACAAAUGUUGGCUAAUCAAAUUAAACAAAAUAAUGCUAUUGCUAUGGAGAAGGAUACUGCUCCAGUUCAAUUAGGAAAAGCAAAAGGGCGAGUUGUGGAUGAGGAUGACGCACAUGUGCAACAUCCACGCAAACGAAAAAUCCCUCGUGCAAAUCAUCAACCAAUGAUUCUCAACCCAUCAGCACAGCAAACCCGAGAAAUAAUCCAACAAACAUUGGCAGCUAUUGUUGAUGCAAUUAAAUUGGAUGAGAUUGAACCAUAUCACAGUGAUCGAUCAAAUCCCUAUUUUGAAUACCUUCAAAUUCGUAAAAAGAUUGAAGAAAAGCGUAAAAUCUUGUGCUGUAUUAUCCCACAAGCACCUCAGUGCUAUGCUGAAUAUGUCACGUAUACCGGUUCUUACUUGCUGGAUGGAAAACCUCUCAGCAAACUCCAUAUCCCAGUGAUUGCACCACCUCCAUCCUUGUGUGAACCACUGAAGGAACUUUUCAGGCAUCAAGAAGCAGUGCGUGGCAAACUACGCCUUCAACAUAGCAUUGAGCGGGAGAAGCUAGUAGUUUCAUGUGAACAAGAAAUUCUACGAGUACACUGUCGAGCAGCAAGGACUAUAGCAAAUCAAGCAGUACCAUUUAGUGCCUGCACAAUGUUGCUUGACUCUGAGGUUUACAACAUGCCAUCAGAAAGUCAGGGGGAUGAAAAUAAAACGUCUGUGAGGGAUCGGUUUAAUGCUCGGCAAUUUAUUUCGUGGCUACAGGAUGUAGAUGACAAAUAUGAUAGAAUGAAGACAUGCUUGUUAAUGCGACAGCAGCAUGAGUCAGCUGCAUUGAAUGCAGUCCAACGAAUGGAAUGGCAGCUAAAAGUGCAGGAGCUUGACCCAGCCGGACACAAAUCCUUGUGUGUCAGUGAGGUCCCUUCCUUCUAUGUGCCAAUGGUUGAUGUGAAUGAUGACUUUGUGCUUCUACCAGCAUGACAGUGUUAAUGUGUAACUGAUAACCAUUGUGGCACAAAGAGGGAUACUUCCCAAAGGAACGUUAGUUCAAGUUUUUUUUCUUUUAAAUCCUUAAGUGCUGCUUGCUAAUGAUUCCCUGUUUCAUGAGGAGGAAGCAUCAUUUAAACUAUAUUGCACUUUUCACAGAUUUUAGAUAUCACUUCUGCAGGGAAGAAGGAUGUCAAGGUAGGUCAGUCGUUCAGAUGUAAUGAAACUUAAGCAAUUACAGCCUGCAAGCUAAACGGGAAAGUAGCAGGCCAAAGGUUAUAUCCAUGUUGAAGAGUAGAACAGUAGGAUUCAGAAUACUGUGCUUGCUGACAUAACAGUGACCUUGAUCAUUUUUUCGCGAAGGAGAGGCAAUGAUCAUUCAGUAAUUUAUAUUGGAGUUGUAAUUUCAGUUCCACUAUAAAGAACUGUUGGGAAAAGGAGUACCAGUUUUGCAUACCUCUUUAAUUGUAGAUAAUGUCAGCUGAUCAAAUUUGCACAAAAUCUGGUCAGAUUUAAAUAUCAUUCAACAAAGUAUAGGUCACAAGUCUGAAAGCAAGACUUUAAGUGCAUUCUGAAUCAAGUUAUCAGUUUGAAGAUCACAAUUUUAUUUCAAAGGGAAAGAGGUGUAACAUUUUCAGUCAUCUUGUAACUUCCCAUCAUGUCCUUUGUGUACUCUUGUCCACAAUUGGUCAUGUGACUAAGUCUGCUUGUUGACUGCAAUUCUGUUACUCCUGAGAACAAAAGUAACUCAAGGCAAGAAGUCCUGUGGAAGAAGCGAUUUUAUGAUAAGGCACCGAGUAUGUUGUAUUUUCUUUCCACUCAUUAUCCCUACUUUAAUUCUUGGGCAUUCAUUGUUUCUCUAGCAGAGAGCAUCACUUCACACUACAGAGCCAAUGCUUAAAACGUUUUAAAAGUAUAUCCCUAAAUGCUGUACAGUUUUUUUAUAUGCGUUAACCAGUGUACAAUGAUGGCAAUGGCUGCCUUUAGAUAAUUUAUUUUGCCACACAUUACUGCACAGUUGUAAA